AUGUCUCAUGUGCAAAAAGCUCUCAUUGUAACAGAGAUCAGCAAGCCUGUCAAAGUAGCAGGCAUCAACCCUCACGACCAAAAGGCCCGAGACCACGGUCUCUUUAUAUCCGAAAGCCUGCCUGCCAUUCUGACCAACGAUGUCGUCGGUACGGUGACGAAGCUCGGCGAGGGCGCGAGCGGCGUCGCGGUCGGCGAUAGGGUCGUCACACAGCCGGGCUUCGCGCCAGGGUCCACGCAGAACGGCCUGCAGGAGUUUGCAGUCGCCGACGUUGGCGCCUUUUCCAAGGUGCCGGAGGGGACGUCUGAUGAUGAGGCGGCCACGCUGCCCACCAACAUCAUCGCGCCACUGGUCGCCCUAUUCGGCGUCCUGAAGAUCCCAGCGCCGUGGACGGCUGAGGCCAAGGGGUUCGAUUACAAGGGCACGACGCUCCUGGUGGUGGGCGGCGGCUCCAACUGUGGGCGGUUUGGGGUCCAGCUGGCGAAGCUCGCGGGGAUCGGCAGGAUCGUCGUCGUGGGCGGCAACGAGGCUGAGCUCAAGGGCCUUGGUGCGACGCACGUGCUCGACCGCCACGGAGGCCACGAUGCAGUACUGGCCAGAAUCGGUAAAGUUGUUGGAGACGAUCUCGUCUAUGCCUAUGAUGCAGUCAGCCCUCCCGAGGACCAGGUCGUCGCGCUCAACGCCCUUUCCAGCACCAAGAGAGGGGCACUUGCGAGGUUGCUGCCUCUAGGGCCCGUUGAUGAGAGCAAGGUCGUGGGCAAAACAGCCGGCUUCGAGGUGCGGGACACGUUUGGCAGCUCGCAGGCCAAUCCCGAGCUGGCUGGGGGAUUUUGGGAGCGCCUCCCCGGGUUCCUCCAGGAGGGAAAGAUCAAGCCGACCGCCUUUGUUGUCAAGCAGGGCCUGACCGCCGAGAAUGUGAACGAGGUCUUGGACGCGUACCGGGACGGAAAGGCUGUCAGGAAGACGCAUAUCCAUAUUUAG